GUAAGAAGUAAACACUUUUCGAAACUGGCUUUGUCUGUUUCAUUUCUGAUUUAAAACAUCACGUUUUCUUGCUUUAGAUAGGAACAAAUAGAACAAGGAAUUAAUUGAGAAUUUUUUAAUGUGACAUAUUAUGUGAAUGUUAAAAUACUGUGUAUCAUUGUUUCAAGUGGAAAAGAACUUUGACAAUAGAUUUCGGAAUCGACCAUGAUUUACCAUUUAAUUUUAAUCGGGUUUGUGAUCCUAUGCGAAGUCACCGCACAAGACAAAUGUACCACUCCACGAAAUACAAAUGGUAUUUGUAUCAAUAUACACAAUUGUGAACCACUGGUAGAAACUCUUAAAAAACACAGACCAUUGUCGAAUGAAAUCAUUAAUUACUUACACAGUUUGAAUUGCGGAUAUGAGGGUUCCAAUCCGAAAGUUUGUUGCGAACAGAAUGAAACGUGUAACGAUGAAAUCCAACAAUUUUCGCAGAGUUGGGCAAUAACUCAAACCACAGAAAAAUCGAAUCAAUCUACUUCCGAACCUGCAGACGUCACGAAUCAUCCGAAUUUAAAAUUACUGAAUCAUGAAAUAUGUGGACCAAUAUCGCAGAUGAAAAUUUUUGGGGGUAAUAAAACCGGCAUAUUUGAUUUCCCAUGGAUGGCAUUACUCUCUUACAAUGUCACCGGUCAAGGUACAGAAUUCCGAUGUGGAGGAUCGUUAAUUAACAAACGAUAUGUGCUCACUGCUGCUCAUUGCGUUACAGAGCUACCAUCUACGUUGAAAUUAAUCAGAGUACGGCUAGGAGAGCAUGAUUUAAGUACCGAACGCGAUUGUGAUAGAGACGCUGACGGUCUUGAAGUUGUUUGUGCUGAGAAAUAUCAAGAUAUCGAUAUAGAAGAUGUACACUUUCAUCCAGAAUUUUCAUCAUCGAAAUUUAAAAAUGACAUUGCUUUGCUGCGAUUGAACAGGGACGCUGAUUUUAGACCACAAAAUGUGCGACCGAUUUGCAUGCCAAUUGGAUCGGCAGCUAAAUUUAUUCAAAAAAAAGUAAUAGUAACAGGUUGGGGUUCAACUGAAUUGCUACCACGCAGUUCAGAUUUACUACAGGUUCAAUUAUUACCAGUGAAUAUAGAUGAAUGCGCAAAAAUAUAUAAAAGACAGGAAAUUUGGUACAAGCAAAUGUGCGCGGGUGGAAAAAUGGGUACUGAUUCAUGUUCUGGAGAUAGCGGUGGACCGCUUCAAGCUCCAGGAAUGUAUAACAUUAACACACACUACAAUAGCGUAAAAUACGUUCAACAUGGAAUUGUCAGUUAUGGGCCGAACAGUUGCGGUACUGAAGGAUUACCUGGAGUUUAUACUAAAAUUGUGUAUUACCUAGACUGGAUUUUAGAUACUAUUAGGGCUUAAAAUAGCAUGUACAAAUGAUAUUUUUAGAAUUAAGACAUUUCUUAAACACAAUCAAUGAAUAAAUUAAUUUAAUAUUAUUAUUGUCAAUUUUAUUUAAAAAAUCUUUGCUACUAUAAAUAUUAGUAAGAUUAUACAUGAAUCU